GAAGAAGAAAAGCCCGGCGAACAUGAAGAAGCGCGUGGCCUUUGGCAUCGUGGAAGAGUUCACGUUCGCCGUAGCGCAUGCGUCCUGCGGCGUGCCUAGCGACGGCGGUGGCAUCGGCCUCCAUGGCCGCCACCUGGCCUACCAGUCCUACGACGUCCCGCGCCAGUCGUCGCGCCGGCCGCUUCGGCGACUCACGCACAUGGAGCGCGUCCAGUGCGUCCGCCUCGACAUGAUCAACGGCGUUUGGGCACCGCGGCGCCCGUACUUUGACGAACUCGCGCAGCUCUACGAACUCGAGAUGCGCGAGCUCGCCGAGUGCACGCGCAUCCGGCGCCAGCGCGCCGAGACGAACUCGGUCGACGUCGAUUACUGCUGCCAGCCUAAAGUCCCGGGCACCGAGCACGUUCCCAUGUGGUUCGUUCAUAUCGAUGCGAUUGUGGAUAGCCCGUAUCGGAAGAGUCUCCAGGAGCUCCUCUCGCUGCCCAUGAAGAAGCGCAUAAGCCGCGACGCCGUCCCGUGGACGCCCGCGAAGGCACGCCGUGCUGCACUCGUCCUUGAGCGGCGCCACGCGCGCUAGUCCUUCGGCAGCUACCAGAUACACAUUCGGCCCGUCCUGGUACCAGGGCACGAUUUACUUAUUAGCCUCUCUGUCUCGUAGUUGUUGUAAUUUUGAUCCCAUGCGUGUUUUGACCGAGCC